UGUAAGAACGAAGAUAUCCCAAAAAAAAAAAAAAAAAAAAAAAAAAUGCAAAAACCAAAAACAGAAAAAUGAAGAAAUUCUGAGAAAGAAUAAUGGAGCUUAAACGGACUCCAUUUGGAAGUCCAUUUCUUCCCACUUCUUCUUCAUCUUCUUCCUCGUCUUCCUCUCUUGCUUUUGCUUCCGUUUCUAACAAGUACAAGUUCCUUACGGUAAUGGGAAGGAGUAAGAAACCACAAUCUCCGUCUCCGUCUUCAUCUCCGAAGGGUUCUGAGCCAACUCCUCCGAGAAUUACAUCAAAUGUCAAGCAGAAUUUGCAGUUCUUAAAGUUGUGGAAGGAGUUCCAAAAGAGAAAGUCUAGCACACCUAAGCCUGCUACUAGUUACCGCAGAAAAAAGGCAGAGAAGGAAGAUCUACCUGAAGACACAGAGAUCUAUCGUGAUCCAACCACUACCCUCUACUAUACAAACCAGGGUCUAGACAAUGCAGUCCCUGUCUUGCUGGUUGAUGGCUAUAAUGUGUGUGGCUAUUGGGUGAAACUGAAGAAACAUUUUACGAAUGGAAGACUGGAUGUAGCUCGGCAAAAACUAAUUAAUGAACUUGUAACAUUCAGCAUGCUGAGAGAAGUGAAAGUGGUUGUUGUAUUUGAUGCCAUGAUGUCUGGACUACCAACACAUAAGGAAGAGUUCGACGGGAGCAUGAGGAUAUGUAUGGUUGCUGCCGUAACAUUUUUUAGUGAUCAAAGUAUAUGCAUUUUGCCUUCUCUGGCAUGUGUUGAUAUAGUUUACUCUGGUGAGUCGUGUGCUGAUGCAUGGAUUGAGAAAGAGGUUGUCGCCUUGAGGGAAGAUGGAUGCCCAAGAGUUUGGGUUGUUACUUCUGAUCGUAUUCAACAGCAUGCUGCACAUGGUGCGGGAGCUUUUGUUUGGAGUUCCAAAGCAUUGGUUUCUGAGGUGAGGAACUGAAAUUAUAAAAGAAUCAAAGAAGGAAGUUGAGAGGAUGCUUCUCGAACAUAGGUAUUUUCCACUUUAGAGUUUAAGACAAGCCUUACGUCCUAUUUUAUGCUGAUGAAAACAUAUUUUAAAUUAACGUUGUGCCAUUUUGUAUCUUUCUUUUACCCUUUUAUACUCUUGAUUUAUUCAUGUUUGGAAUGCAUUUAGAUGCUUGGAUAUGUACCAUUUGUGAGUGAAAAAAGUGAGGGGAAGUGUUAAGUUGAUGUACAUGCUUAGACCCACUUAUAUAAGGUUAAGUUUUUGGGAUAGAGCCGACAUGUGAAUCUAUUAUUGUGUUCGGUCUUGUAUUUGAACCUUGCUGACCUUUGUUUAUGGUAAUUUAUUAUUUGUUAUGUGUAAAGAUCCAUUUUUUAUCUGUUACUGAAUAGGCUAACAUGGGGAAUGAUGUGGAAUAGGAAUUGAAUUAUUAAAAUUGUAAGAAUUAUUGUUUAGUUUGAUUUAGUUUCUAGCUGAAUUAAAUUCCUGUUGCUUUAGGUUUCCCUGUUUAGUUGGUUGUAUAAUUAUAAAUAUUGCUGCCUAUAAAUCUUUUAGAAACAAUUGAUUGCUUAUUGAAUAUAGUUUUUGAAUUCUCUCUGAUUUCUCUGCUUUGUUUCUUCCGCAUUCUCUUUCUUUACCUGAGUCAUAUUCUGGUCAUGCCCCAGGGAGUGUUAGAACUUGACUUCCUUAUGGGUUAAGAUUUUGGGAUUGAUGGUAACAUGGGUACUGAUUAUCACUCUAUAUUGUGCUGAUCCCUGUUUCUGGUAGUUUAUUGUUAUGUGCUUUUGUAAAUGUUAUAACAUAUGGAAUAUGGUGAUUCUUCUAGACACAAUUUUCUACCUUGUAAAUUUUGUCAGUCUAGUAGAUAACAACUUCCGAAACUUUUUAUUUUUAUUUUUUGGGCUAAUGUUGUCUUGCUGAGACCUGAAAUAAUAAGAAAUUAACUAUAAGAGUUUGACUUGUAUGGCUCAUGCAAGUCCCAGUAACAUCAGUAUUGAUGUCCUUUUGUGCAUGCUCAUGCUAAAUUUUUUAGCGUUUAAUGCCAUUUAAAAAGUGGAUUAUGGACAAGUAUUGGUUCCGUUUGGUACCAAAUUCGUUUUUUGUUUUUCGAUUUUUUCUACUUAAUUGUGGUAGUUUGCUUAUUCAAAUGUUAGAUAGUAUUAGUUUGAAUUUGUAAGGCAUUUCAAUUAAUCACAAGGGAAAAAACAAGUUGAACACAAUUUGAAAUUGUGCCUUUUUUUUGGGGCCACAUUCAAGUUUAUAGUUAUUUAAGAUGAUUAAUAAAUUCUAAUUACCACACUAAAUAAACAUUUAAAGUGAGCGAAUUUCACAUAACUGAGUAGAAAAAAUAAAAAACCAAAAACAUAAAACGGAAGUGUUACGAAAUGACACGUGUGAAGUUAAAACCUCAAUGAAAAACCUGAACGACCAAAACCAAAAUGCAAAAACCUAAAACAACCAAAACCACAAUGCCAUUUCUGGUUAAUCUGUUGUUUGCCACCUUUUCAGAUCUACUUCAUUUCAAGGUAAAUUGUUGAAGCACAAUCUUGAUUCUGAGGUUGUAGAUGCUCUUAGGGAUUUGAGGAAGAAGCUAGCUGAGACCGAGUCAAGGUAAUGCAUUUUAACAAAUUUAGUUUGGAAUAGGACCCUUUUAUAUGGCACAGUGCAUUUUUUGUGUAAAGGAUGUCGAUGCUAAUCCGCCGGGACAAAUACAACAUCCUUCCAUAAUUAUGGUAGGAGUCAUUCUUCAGCACCUGCAAAUCAAACAGCUAUCAAGCUUAUUGAGGAGAGGAUGACACUAUUUGAUUUCUUUUUAGGGGAAGGGCUGUCCACUUGUAACCUAGCUGGUUUCAAAUUUAUUCUAUCUGUUGUAACAUAAUCUUAGCUCAUUUAGUGAUUUCCUAUUUCUUAUAUUUGCCUGUUUAUUUUCCCUGUAUUUAUAGAACAAUGACUAUUAUCUUAUAUAGAUUUUCCACAUAAUACAUGAGAAAGAACCUAAAUGUCCAUUGAACCUUU